GAUCACUCUUCGCUUCCAUAGAUAGUAUUGCAUCACUAGGAGUCUGCUCCUUCAUUUCCAUCGAUUCCACGGAAACAUGUUCAUAGCUUUAGUUCCCAUAUAAAUGCCACAUAGAGCCCGACUUCAGCGUUGACACCCCAUUUCCAAUUGCCAGCAGCAAGAUGUCGACAUACGCUACCCCCCCUCGCGAAGCCCCCAUUACCUUCCUCUGCGGACAUAUUUUCCACAAACGCAGAACAUACCAUGGUCCUACUAUGCAGGUUCCGAGCGUCCCCAGCUCCCUAUCGGGUGCGGUACCACCUUGGCGGAGUAAUAAUGCGCCCGUUCCGUGUAAGUUGUGCAGAGAAAAUAAGUUGUGGGAGUAUGAUUGGAGGAGGAGGGUUUGGAUGAAGAAGGAUAAUGUUGUAAGUGAGAACGGGAAACUUGAGGAGCUUGAGAGGUAGCGGAGGUAGCUGGGCCUGGGAUGUGUUGUUUGUCGGGCAUCUGGGUUGAUAGUAAAAAGGUAGCUACUUUGAAUGGCGUUGUUUUCAUGAGUCGAUGCUAAGUAGCGGGUUUUACCUACCUGUAGACGCAAUCGUUUUUUCCCCUUCCAUCACGUCCACGUCUGAAGUGACGAUGCUGCUCGCCUAGAU